AUGGGCACAAAAGGUGUCUCCGUUCAACUUCCAUUUUUCCUUCUCUUUUCGGGUUUUUUCUUCAUUGAGACCUUUAAGCUUGGCUCCUGCAACGGUGAUCUUCAAGUGGGUUGCAAGGAGAUUGAGAAGAGAGCACUUCUCAAGUUCAAAGAAGGUCUCACAGAUCCUUCAGGCCGACUCUCUUCUUGGGUUGGAGAUGAUUGCUGUAAAUGGGGAGGAGUGAGCUGCAACAACCGAACUGGAUAUGUUAUCAAGCUUAAACUCCGUAACCCAUUUCCAAACAGCUAUGAUAUUGAUCAAACAACUCACGAAUUGGGAGGCGAGAUCAAUCCUUCUUUACUCAAUUUAAAGUAUUUGAACUACUUGGACCUCAGCAUGAAUAAUUUUGGAGGAAUCCGAAUUCCGGAGUUCCUCGGGUCCCUGACAAAACUUAGGUAUCUCAAUCUUUCAAGUGCAUCCUUCGGUGGCACGAUCCCUCCAAAUCUCGGAAAUCUUUCGACUUUGCGUUAUCUUGAUCUCGAGUCUUCUGUUGACGGAUUGAAGGUGAAUAACUUGCAAUGGUUGUCGAAUUUUAAGUCCUUGAAGUACCUUAAUUUGGCAAGUGUAGACCUUAGCAAGGUUGCAUCUUCUUGGCUUUCAACUAUGAAUAUGUUUCCUUCUCUUGUGGAGUUGCAUUUGCCCCAGUGUCAGCUAUCCAACCUUCCUAUCUCUCUUCCACUUGUUAAUCUUACAUCCCUUUUGGUCCUUGACCUCUCCAACAACGGUUUCGACUCCACAAUACCUUACUGGCUGUUCAAUCUCACUAGCCUUGCAUAUCUUAAUCUCAAUUCCAACAAUAUCCAUGGUGGACUUCCUGAUGCAUUUUCCAAGUUAACUUCCCUUGAAAACCUUGAUCUAUCUGAGAAUGGCAUUGAAGGUCGGUUAUCGAGAGGAUUGCAAAAUCUCUGCAACUUGUGGAAUCUGGACCUUUCCACUAACAAGAUUACCGGUGAAAUAUCUGAAGUUAUCAAUGGAUUAUCUGGAUGCAAAAAUAACAGCUUAGAGAUGUUGGAUUUGGGAUCCAACGAAUUGACAGGCAGGGUGUUUGAGUUGAACGUCGAGCCAUAUGAUGAAGAUCAGGGGAGAGGUGAACUGCUAUACAUUCAGNUAGCUGAACUCUUUAAAGAUAGCCUACAAUCUGACUGGGAUUUUGAUGAGCAAGAUAUUCCAGGAGAUGAAAAUGAAGCAAACGGAAAGAUGGAAGGUAAGACAACUACUAAACUGGCCCUUCCUCCCAAAUCCGCCAGUGGGACACCUUACGUGUCUGGAGCUAACUCUGUUUGUAGUGGUGAAAGAACUCCUAGUGGAAAUUUCAAACCUGAGGAGAAAUCAGUAAGGUCCGCCCAGUGUUGCCUUCCAAGGCUACGUUCAAACCGUAGCUUUAGUGACAGAAAGAAGAUGAGUCCUCUCCGUGUUAUGGGGUGA